CGAUGAAGAAGAGUCCAACUUACAUUCUGCUUUUCGGACUUUUCCUGCUCUUCAGGAUACCCGCAAGUUCGAGCGACGAAAGCCAGAGCAUCGUCAACGGCAAGAAAUCUCUGCACAAAGUCGACGACAAGUUCAUAAGUGUCUCCGUGGAUCCUGCGAUCCUCUUCAGCGGAAUCAAAUUGAGUUCAACUUCGCUGAAAUUGGCGACGAGUCUAUCACCAAUCUACCUUCGUAUAGCCGGACCAUCCACGUCCUUCCUGAGCUACAGCGAGGACGAUUCUAAAGCGACGGACGUUAUCACGGAGAGUACAAGGAACAUAGUCUUUGGUCCGACGAAAUGGUGGGCUCUGAACGAAUGGGUGAGAGCGGCAAAUUUCACCCCGGUUUACGCUAUAAACGACGCAGAACGAAUCAACGAGGAUUGGGAUCCGAAGUCGACGCUCUCUCUUCUCGAGAUAAGCUCCAAGAUGAAUGUGAACUGUUACUGGCAGUUGGGCUACGACGCAAGGGAUAAAACGCAGAACGGUUACAGAGAUGACCUGAAGACACUGAGACAUAUUUUGGACGCGUUUCCUGGUAGCAAAGGCACUUGGAAAACGGUGGGAAGCGAUUUGAGCGAGUUUCCAAGCGUGACGGAAAGGCAACUCGACGAACUGCAAGCGGAUGCGGUCAUGUGGGAACCAGAGGUGGUGGGUAGAGAUGCUAUGCAUCGUCUACUAUCGACGAGAUAUUCGAAACAUCCUGAAGUUUGGAUUUCUGCACCGAAAAGCGGACCGAUCGUCUCUUUCGAUUCCGCUUUGGAUUGGGGAGUGCAGAUCGGUGAAGCGGCCAAAAACGGUUUCAGCGUGAUCUUCAGGCAGCCCAGAUUACAAGAACUCUUCUCCGACACUCCAGCUUAUUGGAUUUCCAUUUUGCACAAACAUUUGAUGGGCAGGAACGUCCUGGAAGUGAAACAAACUUCUUUGACUCCAUCCAAAGCUCACGUGUACGCGCACUGCUCACGUAACCAGAACAGUUACUCGGUGAGGGGAGCGAUGACGGUGAUGAUGGUCAACAACCAAACGCAAGAGCACACUUCGUCUCUUCUGGUCGCCGGAACACAGAUGAAGAACUUGGAAGUGCGCUCUUACAUCUUGACAUCUCCCAGCGAAGAUUCAAUGGAAACUUUGCUGAACGGCGAAGUGAUUUCCAUGCAGAAUCUAACGCAAAACCGUUUCGAUUUCAAACCGAAGUUGAGGAGAGCCAAAGCCAUGACGCAUCUUUCACUCACGAUUCCGGGAAAAUCCAUCGGAUUCUUCGUUUUGCCGGGUGCGAGGAUCCCCGUUUGCGUCGAAGAGGAGGACGAAACCAGUUUGAUCCUGGAGGAGAUGGACAACGCGCAGGGAAUCGAUUUUCCCGAAGAAGAAGAAAAAUCGUCCGAGUCGAUCUUCUCGAGAAUAAACACGGGUAAACCGAUCGCCAAACUUUCCGAUCUUUACCAUCGAAUCGAGGAGGAAAUUGAAGAGGACGAGAAAUACUAUAAAAGAAUCCAACUGAAACCAUUCAUCAAAUCCGACGAUUGGAAGCAAUCUCUGUUGGAGAGAGUGAAAGAGAGCAAAGCGAAAACUGACGAGGGAGGAAAACUGAUGCUGAACAAAUUAGAUUUGAAGAAUGUCAAUAAUCUGAAGAAGUUGGAUUUGAAUAAGAUGGAUGUGACUAAGUUGGAUCUGAAGAAUCUUUUGAGGAAGGAAGAAUCGUCGAAGACGAAAGACAUCGAUUUGAGCAGCUCGGAAAUCUUGAGGGUUCUGAGCGACAGAGCAAAAGCUCGAAUGGGUUUCAACAGUCCGGAUUUCGAUGAACUUUUGGAGAAGGUCAAGAGUAAGAUUCGAGCGAAAAGAAGCGCGCGCGGAGGUCGAGGUCGUGGAGGUGGUAGACGUUCCCGCAGGAAGAGACCCAGAAGGGACAUAAACAUGGCACUGCUCAAUUUGAAAACUGGAAACAACGAUAAGAAGGACAUCAAAAUGAAGAGUAAAUUCAACUACGAUAAAAAGGAGGCCACGAUUAGGAAAGCCGGAGCUUCUUCGUCCGAAGAAUACGAAGAUGAUAACAUUGAUGAUGAAAGAGAAAAGAAACCAACUAAAAUCUUUGCCGGUUUCGCUUCCGUCGAAGAUGAAGACAAAGACGAUCUUCCUGAUAUGAAAAAAGUGUUACCAGGUCUUCCCAUGAAACCAUUCACCAAAGAAACGACAAGCAUCAAAGAUCUGUUCUCUUUGGACAACAAAAAAGAUUUGUUCGUUUUCGAUUCGAAACCCGAACUAUUUGGAAAAUCGAAACCUGAACUGUUUUUCGACUCUCCUAAAGCCAAAGGCAGCGGAGAUUUAUUUUCGAAAAGCUCUGAUCUGUUCGGAUUGGAACCGCAGACCUUCUCGAAGAUAUCCCUUUCGAAUUUACCCAUUUUCCAGCAGAAACCGCUUACCACAACGAAGACGCCCAAAAAGAAGAAUUUCGUGGAUUACGUCAAGGAGGAUAAGUCUGAGGAUAAACUUGAAGAUUUGGACGAACUCGAGGAUGCGCUCAACUCGUACCACGGCUUCCACGAAGCGUUCGGUGACGACGUCUCCGUGGUCAAGGGCAAAAACGGUUACAAGGACGAUCUUCUGGCAAGCGAAUUCCUCAUCAACAAUUACGAUAACAAAGAUGAGGUGGACAGGGCCAUCAAGAAGUUGGAGAACUUCUUCAACGCGGACGAAUCUUACGAAUCGAACUUCGGAAGGUACAGACGCGACGUUUCCAGAUACACGGAGGAAGAUGUGGAUUUUUACACGAAGCUGAUGAAGGGAAACAUUCAGCAUAUGAGGAAUUCGAUAAGGGAGAGGAAGCGACAGGAUGCGUUGAAGAGGCUCUCCGGAGGCGACUUCUUCAAGUCCCUUUUACCACCUAGCACUCUGCUACGCUCCAAUUUAAACAAAAUCAACAAAGAUGCUUCUGCUGUUACUAAACCAUCUCCAGCAGUUCUGCAAGAUCAUCAAGUGCGAUUCUUGAAAAAUCGUCUGGCGCACAAGAAGAAGCUGGAAGAGUUGCAGAGUAGAUUACCAAAGUUGGAUAUGCCCGCAAGAUUCAGACGUGCCAACGACGUUUACAUACCAUCGUCGAAAGCAAACUUUUCAAACACUCUGCACAAGAGUUACGAAUCGAAAUUGAAGAAUAUGCGAGAAUGGCGCGACGAGGAUAUCCUUUUGCUGCCGAAACCAAAGAAACCGACGUCAAUGCAUUACGAAAACCUGGAGGAGAAGGAUAUACCGAUGGGAAGGAAUAGGAUCAGAGUCAACAAGAGAUUACCCAGAGGAGCCGGGGGUUACGAUUCUUUGGAGAACACCAUUGACGGGUUCGUGAAUUACAUCAAGAAGGAGGCGGAUUUGGAUGAGGCGAAGAGCGGCGAAUACAGCCUCACCUUGCCCACCAAGGACGCCAUUUCUUUAAAACAAAAGAACGGCAGCACAGACAUCAAGAUACACACGGAAAACAACGAUAAGGGCGUCGAAGCUUUCACUUGCCUAGCAACGGAUUUAACAACGACAACGGAAACGACAGUCACCGUUGGCAACGAUGAAGAUGGCGAAGAGACGACGAUCUACGAAGAGGACGACAUGGAGGUCAUCGAAAUCAUAAAGAGGCCGUUGAGAACGCGUUUAAGCAUAGACGAUGGAAACGUCGACGUGCAGUUCUUCAACAGGAUCUUCGACAAAGUCAAGGAUCUGUUCGGGCAGAUGCACACAUCGCUCAACAACUUUUUCGAAUGAUUAAUUAAACAUAAUAAUUUUUACUUUUAUAUACAUUCCGUUGCCUAUAAUUUUAAGUUU